GUGUGAAGGGGAGAAGUGCAGUUGCUGUAUAGUUGUCGAAGGGGAACACUUCUAAACUUGUCAAAGCCAUGGAGCUUUUCGAAACAAGUCCCUAUUUUUUUCCUGACCAAAGAUUUUACGACAACGAAAAUUAUUUCAAUUCAAGGCUCCCCACCUACGAGCAAAGUGCGUUUCAGGAUCGAGGAGCAAUUGGGAUUUGUGGUGACGGGGUUAAUUUGCCAGGAUCUGGUAUUGAAGAUAAGGUGUCACCCCAUCCUAGUAUAGGUCAAUCAGACCACUGCGCUGGCCAGUGCUUGCCAUGGGCCUGCAAGAUGUGCAAGCGGAAGACGGUUUCUAUGGACAGAAGAAGAGCAGCUACACUGCGGGAAAAACGCCGGUUAAAGAAAGUCAAUGAAGCUUUUGAAGCCUUAAAAAGAAGCACUUUAUUAAACCCCAACCAGAGGCUUCCGAAAGUUGAGAUUUUGAGGAGUGCCAUCCAAUAUAUAGAACGCCUGCAAACUCUGCUUUCAUCUCUCAAUCAGCAAGAGCGGGACCAGAGAGAUUUAUUAUACUUGGCUAACGGAUCUCAGAGCGUGUUAUCAAGUGAAUGUGGAUCGACUGCGUCAUCUUGCAGCCCUGAAUGGAAUGAGUCUGACUUUAACAGUAGCCAGAGUGAUCAUCUUUUAAGUGAUGAUUCUUCUGAGCAACAGGACAUCAAUUCCCUAUCAUCGAUUGUUGAAAGCAUAACAUCCGGAGAGGUGUCCAUCAGCUAUCCUGAGCAACAUAUUCAGAAUUAACCACAUAGCAAAGUGGAACUUGUUAACAAAUAGCACAAUGGAAAUUGUACUCGCCUAUGUAUACCUAGUAGUGCUAUUCUAUAACAUGGCUUCCAGCCUCUAACUAUAUCUUAAAACCUAUUCAAUUUUAAGGGCUGCAAAAUGUCCUUUGGCACUACUGUAGGAUUUUAGGAAUACUGGGGCCUAAUAAGUAAGGGUUUUUAAUGUUUUAGACCAUCUAAGAAUAUUAUUCUGUAUUUACCCAGAUUUAAUGAACCGGGUUAAAAUGAUGCGUUUUCUAGGCAUAAUUAUUUAAUUAAAUUAUUAAAUCGAACAUAGAACUAUGUCAACUAAUUAAUCUUAAAUUAAGAGACUAAAUUUUUUAUUUAAAUUGCAAUCUACAUUAUAUUUAUUCAUAGCUUAAAAUAUUUCCAAUUCAAAGAAGAGGUGGCAUUGCUGACCAUGGUAGAGCAAAUCUGAGCUCUUGUAUUUGGGUUUUGGAUAAAUGUGUGGCUUAACUUUCAGGCCAAGAGAAAAGAGGUAUUUCAAUAAGAAUGAUAAAAGUCAUUUUCCUGCUUCAUGACUUGCUUAUCACGUUAGAGCCUUCUAUUAAAUGGCUUAAAUGUUACUAAUAUGGCCAAAGAACACAUUGAAAUAGUCUGUGACACUUCAGCUAUUGGAAAAGUACAGCUAUCAUGGUGCAUGUGAAAUAAAGUUCAUGGAUCGCUGUUCUAAUAUGUUUUCACACCCGUGGGAAAAAAAACUUCAUAAAAAUUCCAUUAUUUGGUAUGAUUUUGUAAUAUAUUUCCAUUUCAUUUUUUUCUUCAACAUGUGUGUUGAUUUGCAAAACCUGUUUUUAUAUUCACAGGGGCCAAUUUUUUUUUAUUUUUUUGUUUGUAGAAUUGUUUGACCAAUUUAACUCCAAAACUUCAUAUUGUGGCCUUUUUUUAAUUAAAUGUGUGGGUUUGCUAUUUUGAUUUUUUUUAUUUUUGCUAAGUUAUUUGUAUGUUUUUUUAUUAAAUAAAGACGUUGCUUGAA